UAGUGGUUAGUUUGCUCAUAGAUCUAGCAGCAUAGGGCGUUGCUCGUACUUGUAAAAGUAGAUAUCAUGUUCAUUCCCACCGUAAUCGAUCUCAGCCUACGCCUCUCAUAGCGAAAUGGACGUUCUCGACGGAGUUCCACGGUGCGUUCUCGGCUACCAGGUCACGACCCGGACGCAGAUUGUGUUCAGUUUCUUGAUUCCAGUGAUUUUCGAACUGCUCGUCUAUACGGUCGUCAUCACGGCCGACGUGCUUGUGGUGGUGGAGCACUUCCGCAAUGGUAAUCCGACGUGGGCUUGGUUAAGUUUGAGUUUUAUGUGGCUGCCUGCUGUUGCGUGCUUUGCGGCUGUACUGUCGUCACCUAGCCAAUGGCCGGAAACGGUGGGAUGCGACGGGCGAACACUCAGAUUCGCGGGAAAAGAUGUUUUAAUAUUGGUGUUCUUUCCGGUGGCUGCCGUUUAUAGAUUCAGCCGGAGAAUUUUCUGGAGCAUUGAAGCUUUGUUCCACGAUAGAUCGUCAUACGGAAGGGUGCAAGCGGUUGAAAAGGUCAGGGAGUCGUCCCCAUUCGAAUUGUAUCACUUUCUGCAAGCAUUCUUGCACGCCGCUCCCCAGAUGCUUCUCCAGUUGUACAUUCUGUUGCGUGAUAACACUUUCAGAAAUUAUGAUACAGUGACGGCGCAGAUUGUAAGCGUCAUAUUUUCGUUUUUGACAAUGGCGUCCAUUAUCACGUCGUACCAACGGUUUGAAAGCCAGAAAAUUGUCGGACGCUGUUACCCGUGGAGCUCUGAGGAACAGGUGAAAUCCCGUAAGAAAGAACUCCUACGGACAACUAGUACAGUGGAGCGGAAUAUCACGAGCGUGCUUCCUGAACCAGAUCCAAUGACACCGAACAUAAUGCGCAACUUUUAUUCGAGAUAUGGCGAUGAUUCGCCCACGCCCAGUGGAUCAGGAACUCAGCGUAAGACCAUGAACGUAGAUCAAUCAAACUUUGAUUCGACUUCGAUGAAAAACAUUAAAGAUCCUUAUCUGAACUAUACCGAUGACGAUAAACUAACUGUUUCCGAUACGGUGGAUUCGCUUUCCCCGACUGUGAGUUUCAAAAAGGACCUGGUGGAGAACAUCGAAGACAUCCGAGAUUUCAUUCGCAGGACGGACGAUUCAAAACUAGCCUUCAACGCGAACAGCAGUGACGAUGAAUACGAAGAUCCAAUCUACGCUGAGGUUUUCGACAAAAGCCCUCAAACACCAGCUCCCCCCACGCCCGUAGCUUACCUAGCGAAAAGGGCUUCCAUGUUUAGGAAUUUUUUCGUAUUCGACACUGAAAAUUUCAUCAAGGAUCAUGUUCCUCGCCUUCCGGAAAAAUUAUUCGAUCACAGUGACAGGAAAUCUACGCCGAACGGGGAUGAAACUGAUGGUGAUCUGCUGUCUCUGCCGUCGGGUCGGCAGAUGAUCCAUGGACUGGAAGAGGAUGAUCUCAGUGGAAAAUCGGUGGCAUUUGCAGGGUGGGUCAUGUUCCUGUUGAUGCGGAUGAUCGCCCUGUCGGUGUUCUACGUAUUUUUCCCAACGUACUUCUGGAUGGUUUGCCUUAAUCAUUACCUGCUGAUGAUAGCGUGCAUCGUUUAUGAAGUGCGGUUCCACGAGAAGCUGGAGCGGUACUACUUUUACCUGUUCCUUGCCUACAUCUACACGUUCUCUCUAAUGGAGUUCAAAAUAAAAUUUAUCCACGUUCGGACAUGGUACGUGGGAUACUUUGUGAUAGUAUUCGCAGAGAACAUUGCCAUGAGCGCCAUCUGGUACUAUUUAGGUUCGUUCGAAUCCUGGUGGUUCGACUUUUUGCACUACAUCACAAUUGCCAGCGGAAUACUGAGUUUGUUGUGUCUGCUAUUUUAUUACGCGUUCUUGCGACCAAAAGAUAAGUUAUUGUUUGUGAACUGAGAUUUAUUUAUAUGUUCUUGUAUUAUCACAUAUUAUAAUCGAAUAAAAAUUAUUAAAUUUA